UAAUGUAAAAUGCCCGUUGAGUGUGGCAUUGUUAAAGUUACAAAAACCGUCGUAAUACUUAUGUAAAACUUUAAAAUGUCUUUUAACGACUUUCAAAUGUAAUCACAAAGGAGAAUGUUGUGCCCUGGGGGCAUAGCGGGGCUGGCUGAGAGACUGCCGGGCGGGGGGGAGAGUUUCCCAGGCAGGCAGGCGGAGCAGCAGCAGUGACCGCUAGCUUGAUGUCAGCCACACAAUAGUGGAAACAUUUCACGGGGGAAAAGAGCGAAAGUGGACGGCAAAUGAAGAGCGAGGAUCGUUGUUGGUUAGGAAAUGUCCUUCCUUUUCGCUCGGACCAGCAAUAUUUUUAAACAUUAUCGUGUUUUGUGGAACGGAGCAACCGCUGCAGGGAGGUUAGCCAGCUAGCCAGCCAGCCGCCGCCGCCACCACCUCGCUCUCCUUUGCUGACGUCGGAGCCACAGCCGUGUGUCUUCCAACAUGGGGAAUGCUGCCACCGCCAAGAAGGGCAACGAGCUGGAGAGCGUGAAAGAGUUCUUAGCCAAAGCCAAAGAAGAUUUCUUGCGGAAAUGGGAAUGCCCACCACAGAGUACGACGUGCCUCGAUGACUUCGACAGAUUAAAGACUCUGGGGACUGGCUCGUUUGGGAGAGUUAUGCUGGUGAAACACAAAGGAACAGAGCAGUACUUUGCAAUGAAAAUACUGGACAAACAGAAGGUGGUGAAACUUAAACAAAUAGAACACACGUUAAACGAGAAGAGGAUAUUACAAGCUGUCAGCUUUCCCUUCCUUGUCAAACUUGAGUACUCAUUUAAGGACAACUCCAAUUUAUACAUGGUGAUGGAGUAUGUUCCAGGAGGAGAGAUGUUCUCACAUCUAAGACGCAUUGGAAGGUUCAGCGAACCGCACGCACGCUUUUACGCUGCCCAGAUAGUGCUGACAUUCGAGUACCUCCAUUCACUAGAUCUCAUCUACAGAGAUCUGAAACCUGAGAACCUUCUCAUCGACCACCAUGGCUACAUUCAGGUGACGGACUUUGGGUUUGCCAAGCGGGUAAAAGGCAGAACUUGGACAUUGUGUGGCACACCGGAGUACCUGGCCCCAGAAAUUAUUCUCAGCAAAGGCUACAACAAAGCUGUAGACUGGUGGGCUCUCGGGGUCCUCAUCUAUGAAAUGGCAGCUGGUUACCCUCCGUUCUUUGCUGACCAGCCGAUUCAGAUCUACGAGAAGAUCGUAUCCGGCAAGGUGCGAUUCCCCUCCCACUUCAGCUCAGACCUAAAGGACCUUCUAAGGAAUCUGCUGCAAGUAGACCUGACCAAACGCUUUGGCAACCUGAAGAACGGCGUUAAUGACAUCAAAGGACACAAAUGGUUUGCCACAACGGACUGGAUCGCAAUCUACGAGAGGAAGGUGGAGGCCCCGUUCAUACCAAAGUGCAGAGGCCCUGGCGACACCAGCAACUUCGACGACUACGACGAGGAGGACAUCCGUGUUUCCGUAACGGAAAAAUGCGUAAAGGAGUUUGCGGAGUUUUAAGACAGACAGUUAUGUCAUGGGAUAAUAUAAGGGGAUCUUUGCACUCUUCUAUAGACUUGGAAUGGAGCAGAGACCAUGUUUUCCCCCACCUACCUUCUACUCCUUUACUUUUCCCAGGUCUAUGACACAAUCCCUCACACAGCUCAAAGAGGUUGCCAUGAUCCUUGGGUGCCGAUAAGCUCUCACUGUCACCUACACCUGCAUAUUAAUGCAGACCACCACUUUUUUUGUUUUUUACCUACCCACUUUUUAAUUUGUACUUUUGAAGGUCUUUGAUGUUGUCCUGCUCUUUUUAAUUCAUGAAGGACAAAGUAAGACAAGUGCAACAAGGCAGCUUGUUUGCAAUGGUUCGACUUCCAUGUUACAUGGGCUCCUCUUGCGUUCAUGGCCGGUAGCUUCUCGUCUCGUGUGUGCAUAUCUGUCCGUUUUGUAAGACGUUUGAACACUCUUGAGUGUUUUUAGAGCAUGACUGAAUAGCAAAACUGGGUGACAUAAGAAGACGAAGGAGAGGUUCCUUCUUCCUUUCUUUGCUUUUGCCUUAGAGCCCAGCGAAAGUGUUGAUCCUCCUCGUUAUUUCGACCCAGGCGUACAGCAAGCCAUCGCUGAGAAUAACCAAUCUUGUUACAUUAUUAGUAAAAUGUAAAAUUACUUUUUUGAUCCUUUUGGGGUCUGUUAGUUACAUGUGUCAUAUGUUACUCUUUUUUUUGUCACUGUGUCUGCGAUACUAGUCAUAUUUUCCCCCUAGAUUUCAGGUAUGUUCAUAAAGACCUGUUGUUACAAUACAAUGUGACUUCUGUAAAUUUUAAAUGGAGUGAAAAGACUAUCGUUUUGAGAGUAAAAGUGAGAAAAGUCAAUGCUUUGAAUCUCAACACGGUUCGUGAAACCACAAAAAAAAAGUCCCAACCGAAUCUAUAAAUUAUUGAUUUUGAGAAUUGAUUAAACAGUACAUAAAACUGCAGCUUUUUUUUUCCGUUGGAGCCAGGGAAUGAUUGUGUUUGUUUUACUUGUUUCUUUUGAGGAAUGUAGAUUGCAACUUAUAUGUGUGCAUAUUUGAUGGCUUGAUUAUCAAGGUACAGUUUUUUCUCACGAAUACACUGGCUAAAGUAAAGAACUGCUCCCUUGUAUCACCAUGUAACCCUGUUAUUGUUCAGCUCAUUACAUAAUACGUAUAUGCAUUGUUUCAUAUAUGUUUUAUUUAUACACGUUAUAGAGAUGCUAAUAAAUUUUAUUUUUAAAAGUG